CGCCCCCAGGCCGCCGCAGCGCCCGCCGUCGGAGACCCUUUCGUCCCUAUCCUGAAACUCCCCUCCUCGCUCUCGCCCGCCCCCCUCUUUUGCGAUGUGCGGCGCGGCAUGCACGACAGCGACGUGGUGCCGCGCGUGCGCCCAUCCGGUUCCCGAGCGGAGCCCCGCGUGGCGUGGAUUCCUGUUCGCGUCAGAGUAACGGCAGCGCGCGGCUGAAAUUUUAGUGGUCUGCUCCAGCCAUGAGUAGCAGAAGAUAUGACAUCAAUGCGUGGAGAUGUGGGACUCGCUCAACGCCAAGUGAAUCGAUGUAUCUAGAUGCUCAACAAGUUGUCCACUACCAAGCUACGGACCGCGAUGUUAGCCCCUGCGCUGUUAAGCAUCACUUCCCAUCUCCAAUCGUAUCUUGGAUAGAAGAUCUUUCGAGCUUUGGCAGUGUUUCUUUUAGCACCGAUUCUGAAUAUGUGGAUGAGCAAGCCAGGGCUUCAGUGGGACAGUCUUCAACAUCAAGCAAUUUGCAUGACAUGCAAAUAUCAGUGAGGUUGACAGAAGAAUUCAUGGAGCUUGCAAAGGAGAACACAAGCAAUAAUCUAGAGACUUGUGGAAUUCUCGGUGCUUCAUUUAGGGAUGGAACUUACUUUGUGACGAUGUUGAUUAUACCAAAGCAAGAAGGAACUGCUCACUCAUGUCAGGCUGUUAAUGAGGAGGAGAUACAUGCCGUAUUAUCAGAGCAGUCACUUUACCCUGCAGGAUGGAUUCAUACUCAUCCUUCGCAAACAUGCUUCCUGUCAUCGAUUGAUUUGCAUACUCAAUACUCUUACCAGGUUAUGUUACCAGAGGCUGUUGCAAUUGUGGUUGCACCCACCGAUCCUACCAGGAGUUACGGAAUAUUUAGGCUGACUGAUCCUGGAGGGAUGGAUGUGCUUAGGGGGUGCGAUGAGAGUGGGUUCCACACUCACCGAGAGACAACCGACGGCAGUCCAAUCUAUGAAACUUGUUCGAAAGUGCACUUCAAUCCCAAUUUGCGGUUCGAGAUUGUCGACCUGCGUUCUGGUGCAUGACCAAUGAAAGCAAAGCUAUAGCAGCUUGUUCUUCCUUAUGCGCCCUCUUGGCAGAAGUAUAUACCAUAGAGCUUACACGUGAUUCCUCUUAGGUAGAUAAACAAGCUGUUGAUGAGCUGGAACCGAGAAGCCCAUAUUACUGAUCUGUGAUAGAGUGAUACGUCACCAAGCCUUUGGCAUUUUGCUGGUAUUGGUGAGCAUAACUGAAGAACUAGCACUGGUUAUCCUGAAUCUGGCUGUUCCAUCAGCCUUUAAGCUUGCAUCUGUAAGUAUAUAACUUGGGAACACACACACACCAUGAUUAUCUUGGGAUGGACUCAUGUGUGAUUGGAACAUAACGCUUCACAGCAGCACUGCCAAAUCAUCAGAUACAAAACCUACUGGGAGCUUCAGACAAUGCAUGUAUUAACAUCAGAACUUUCUGAAAACAGGGGUGAAAGUGGUAUGUAUUGGUGUUUUUAGAGUCUGUAUAAUGGUAAGUUUGGUUUCUGAAAUGGGAUGUGUGUCCAAAGAAAACAGAGUUGCUAUUCAAGCCACAUCCGUAUAAAGUUCCCUUGUUGCAUCA